GACUCCCUUAUCUUCAUAGUGCCUCGUCCACCAUUCAGUUUAUUGGAAAGCUUCAGUCCACCAGGUGGAAGGAACAGUAAAUGGCAGGAUUUCGAGGAGCUCACAGGAAGGACGCCUGGGAGUGUAAAUCAGCUGCAGAAACACCUCUGCUGACUGGGCUUGCCUCUGCCCAAGUCAGGUGGCUCAGCCGAACUUGGCCUCGACCAAGUGGCCCGGCUUUGUGGAGUGGAGGAAACAGGCAGGAUGGAGGCCAGCCCACCCCCCAACGUCCCUCGGCCCCAAGGAUGUCUGCGCCAAGUCUUAUGCCAUCAUUCUAGCCCUACCUGGAAGCUGGUCUUGGGGGGAUUCCACCCAGUCCCUGAGGCCUGUGUGCCCGAGACGGGGAGCGGUCCACGGCCCCUUCCACAGCUUCAGGGAGUAGCAGUAGACCCACCCCUAUUUUGCCACCGACCACAGACAGAUGAGAUACCCGCAGAUGAGCUGUUUUCCACUCAGCUGCAGAUGCCCAGCAGAGCAGACUCUGAGAAAAAGAAACUAGCAACACUGAAAACCUCCGAAGGAAGGCUCUAAUUAAGUACAGAAAAGAACAAGGAUUUGGAGAAGACAGAUGUGGUUUUGAGUCCUGGCUCUGUUGCCUCACCCUUUGUGUAACUUCAGGUGCUGGACAAAAGCUGAGAUUCAGCAGGUCCUUUACACUGGCACCACCUGGGAAGCCCUCCACCCUCCUGACCUCACCUAAUUCGAUCACUUUCCAAAGGCUCCACCUCCUGAUACCAUCACAAUAGGGGUGCCUCUGUGGCUGGCCUCCUCCUGCCUUGAUGGAUUACACACCUGAGCCCAAUUUGACAACAGUAACUGACUUCUACUAUCCUGACAUCUACUCGAGCCCCUGCGAUGGGGAGGGAAGAGACAGCAAGCUGCUUCUUGCCGUCUUCUACUGCAUCCUGUUUGUAUUUGGUCUUCUGGGCAACAGCCUGGUCAUCCUAGUCCUUGUCGCCUGCAAGAAACUGAGGAGCAUCACGGACGUAUACCUCUUGAACCUGGCCCUGUCUGACCUGCUUUUUGUCUUCUGCUUCCCCUUUCAGACCCACUAUCAGCUGGACCAGUGGGUAUUUGGGACCAUCAUGUGCAAGGUGGUCUCUGGCUUUUAUUACAUCAGCUUCUUCAGCAGCAUGUUCUUUAUAACCCUCAUGAGUGUGGACAGGUACCUGGCAGUUGUCCAUGCUGUGUAUGCCUUGAAAGUGAGGACGGUCCGCAUGGGCACAGCCCUGAGUCUGGUGGUGUGGCUGACUGCCCUCGUGGCCACCAGCCCGUUACUAGUAUUUUACCAAGUGGCCUCCGAAAAUGGCGUCCUACAGUGUUACUCAUAUUACAACCAGCAGACGCUGAAGUGGAAGAUCUUCAUCCACUUUGAAAUGAAUAUCUUAGGCCUGCUGAUCCCGUUCAGCAUCCUGAUGUUCUGCUAUAUCAACAUCCUGCACCAGCUGAAGAGCUGCCAGAACCACAACAAGACCAAGGCCAUCAAGCUAGUGCUCAUCGUGGUGGUUGCCUCCCUGCUCUUCUGGGUCCCUUUCAACAUGGUCCUCUUCCUCACUUCCCUGCAUGACAUGCACAUCUUGGAUGGAUGUGUCACGAACCAGCGGCUGGUCUACGCCACGCAUGUCACAGAAACCAUUUCCUUCACCCACUGCUGUGUGAACCCUAUUAUCUAUGCGUUCAUGGGUGAGAAGUUCAAGAAACACUUAUCAGAACUAUUUCGGAAAAGUCGCAGCCACAUCUUCGUCUACGUAGGGAGACAGGUCUCUAGGGAGGCCUUGGAAAAAUCAUCCUCGAAUCAGCACUCCACUCGCUCCUCCACCAUAGACUACAUUCUGUGAGUCUGUGCAGGGCAGAGCAUCCCUCUGCCUCCAUCACCCACCUUCUUGAAACAGAAACGAUUCACGCUGGAGUUGGAGGCUACAUUGAAGGGAGACUCCUGGAGAGCUAGCUACAGGCACAAGACUUCUUUCAUGGUAUUCAGUGAAUUACUACUAUUGCAAGUCAACCCUGUCAACUUUCAAAGACUUUGUCACUAUUUUCUGAAAAUAGUCUAUAUGUUUCACUGUGUUAGCUAUAGGGAUUUUUCCCUCCUAGGUUUUGGAGUAUCUUUAUCAAACACCAGCUUAAAUGUUGUCAAAUGCUUUCUCCUUAUCUAUUGAGGUGAUCAUGUAGCUUUCCUCCUUUAUUCUGUUAAUUUCAUGAACUAUAUUGAUAGAUUUUCUUAUUUUAAAUCAACCCAUGUUUUCCCUGGAAAAAAUGACCUCAUGUUUAUGAUCAUUUUAACAAUAAAGCACUGGAUUUUCUUGGGAUUUUUGUAUCUGUGUUCAUGAGAGAUACUGACCUGCAACACUUGUGAAGUGGGAAGUGCCUCGGAUCUUGAACCAUGCUGGCCUUGCUCAGGACAUUGCAAGGGUCACCUUGGAUUUCCUGUCCUAGACCCCGCUCCCCACUUACAAGCUGGCCUGAGGUAGCAUCUCUGCAUGUCAAGGCAGACACGUGUAAGACAAAGUUGAAGAUGGUGAUGAUGCUGCUUUCUGCCUUGCCUGCUCCAUAGACCUACCCGAUGUCCCACCUAUAGCCUAUAAACAUCUUUGUACACAUAAAAGUUUAAUUAUUAUUACUAUAAUAAAAAUGCACAGCAUAU